AUGGCAGGCAUGACGGACAAUAUCCCUCUGCAGCCGGUGCGGCACAAAAAACGACACGACAAUAAGCACAAAAAUGGGUGCUGCCCGUGGUCGAGAUGCUGUGGAAUGGGGGAUUUUCGCCCUCGGACUGUGUGGCUAGGCCACCCAGAAAAGAGGGAACAGAGAUACCCCCGAAAUGUUAUAAACAACCAAAAAUACAAUUUCUUCACCUUUUUACCUGGGGUGCUGUUUAACCAGUUCAAGUACUUCUUCAAUCUGUACUUUCUGCUCCUGGCCUGCUCCCAGUUUGUGAACGAACUCAGACUAGGAGCCCUUUACACUUACUGGGUGCCACUGGGCUUUGUUUUGAUCAUUACCAUAGUGAGGGAAGCAGUUGAGGAAAUACGAUGUUUUCUACGGGACAAAGAGGUCAAUUCACAGAUCUAUAGCAAGCUCUCCACAAGAGGAACUGUGAAGGUGAAAAGCAGUGGCAUCCAGGUUGGAGAUCUUAUCAUCGUUGAAAAGAAUCAACGUGUUCCUGCUGACAUGAUUUUCCUAAGGACCUCUGAAAGAAAUGGCUCAUGCUUCCUGCGGACUGACCAGUUGGAUGGAGAAACAGACUGGAAACUGCGCCUCCCAGUGGCUUGCACACAAAGACUUCCAACUGCAGCAGACCUUUUGCAAAUCCGGUCGUAUGUGUAUGCUGAGGAGCCUAAUAUUGACAUCCAUAACUUCAUUGGUACAUUCACCAGAGAGGAUGGAGACCCUCCAGUCAACGAAAGUCUUAGUAUUGAGAAUACACUCUGGGCCAGCACUGUCAUCGCCUCUGGUACAGUCAUAGGGGUUGUGAUUUACACUGGCAAAGAGCUCCGGAGCGUCAUGAACACCUCCAAUCCGCGGCAUAAGAUUGGUCUUUUUGAUCUGGAAGUGAACUGCCUGACUAAGAUUCUGUUCGGAGCCCUGGUGGUUGUGUCACUGGUCAUGGUGGCUCUGCAGCAUUUCGCUGGUCGCUGGUACCUACAGAUCUUCCGCUUUCUUCUGCUCUUUUCCAACAUAGUGCCCAUCAGUUUGCGGGUGAACCUGGAUAUGGGCAAGAUGGUGUUCAGCUGGAUGAUCAAGAAAGAUUCUAAAAUCCCUGGAACUGUGGUUCGAGCAAGCACCAUCCCAGAGCAGCUUGGACGAAUCUCGUAUCUCCUCACUGAUAAGACAGGGACUCUCACCCAGAACGAAAUGGUGUUCCGGCGUCUGCAUCUUGGAACUGUGGCUUACGGAAUGGACUCCAUGGAUGAGGUGCAGAGUCAUGUGUUCAGUGCCUACACUCAGCCUCCUCAUGACGUUCCAGCCUCUAGAGCGCCAGCCACCACUAAAGUGAGGAAGACUAUCAGCAGCAGGGUGCAUGAAGCAGUGAAGGCCAUUGCACUGGUUCACAACGUGACCCCUGUGUACGAGGCGAAUGGAGUAACGGACCAGGCAGAGGCUGAGCAGCACUAUGAGGACACAUGCAGGGUCUACCAGGCCUCCAGCCCUGAUGAGGUGUCCCUGGUGCAGUGGACAGAAAGUGUGGGGCUGACCCUGGUGGGAAGAGAUCAAUCCUCUAUGCAGCUGAGGACCCCUAGUGGGCAAAUACUUAAUUUCACCAUCCUGCAGAUUUUCCCCUUCACCUACGAGAGCAAGCGCAUGGGAAUAAUAGUGCGAGAUGAGUCAACUGGAGAGAUCACUUUCUACAUGAAGGGCGCUGAUGUUGUGAUGUCUGGUAUUGUCCAGUAUAAUGAUUGGCUCGAAGAAGAGUGUGGAAACAUGGCUCGUGAGGGGUUGCGAGUGUUGGUGGUAGCAAAGAAGUCUCUGACAGAAGAGCAGUACCAAGACUUUGAGGCUCGCUAUGUCCAGGCCAAGCUGAGUGUGCACGACCGCUCUCUGAAGGUUGCCACAGUCAUUGAGAGUCUAGAGAUGGAGAUGGAGUUGUUGUGUUUGACAGGAGUGGAGGACCAGCUACAGGCUGACGUCAGGCCAACACUGGAGAUCCUGCGUAAUGCAGGCAUUAAAGUGUGGAUGCUGACAGGGGACAAACUGGAAACAGCAACCUGCACUGCCAAGAAUGCCCACCUGGUGACCCGCAAUCAGGACAUACAUGUCUUUCGCCCUGUGACCACACGAAGUGAGGCCCACCUCGAGCUCAACGCUUUCAGGCGGAAGCACGACUGCGCUUUAGUGAUAUCUGGAGACUCUCUUGAGGUGUGUCUGAAGUUUUACGAAUAUGAGUUUAUGGAGCUGGCAUGUCAGUGUCCAGCAGUGGUGUGCUGCCGCUGCGCACCUACACAGAAGGCUCAGAUUGUCCGGCUGCUGCAGGAGCGCACAGGGAAACUCACCUGUGCUGUGGGGGACGGAGGAAAUGAUGUCAGCAUGAUCCAGGAAGCCGACUGUGGCGUGGGAGUGGAGGGAAAAGAGGGCAAGCAGGCCUCGCUGGCUGCUGAUUUCUCGGUGACUCAGUUUAAGCACUUGGGCAGACUGCUCAUGGUGCACGGCAGAAACAGCUACAAGAGGUCCGCCGCCCUCAGCCAGUUCGUCAUUCACAGGAGCCUCUGUAUCAGUACCAUGCAGGCUGUGUUCUCCUCCGUCUUCUACUUUGCAUCAGUCCCUCUCUAUCAAGGGUUUCUCAUCAUCGGAUACUCCACAAUCUAUACCAUGUUCCCUGUCUUCUCCCUGGUUUUGGAUAAGGAUGUGAAAUCUGAGGUGGCUAUGCUCUAUCCUGAACUUUACAAGGACCUCCUGAAGGGACGACCGCUUUCCUUCAAAACAUUUUUAAUAUGGGUCUUGAUAAGUAUCUACCAAGGGAGCAUCAUCAUGUAUGGGGCCUUGCUGCUGUUUGAGUCAGAAUUUGUCCACAUUGUGGCAAUCUCAUUCACUUCGCUGAUCCUGACGGAACUGCUGAUGGUGGCGCUGACCAUCCAGACAUGGCACUGGCUCAUGAUCGUGGCUGAGCUGCUCAGCCUGGCAUGCUACAUCGCCUCCCUUGUGUUCUUACACGAGUUCAUAGAUGUGUACUUCAUCGCCACACUAUCGUUCAUAUGGAAGGUGACAGUCAUUACUCUGGUCAGCUGCCUGCCUCUAUACAUUCUGAAGUACCUGCGUCGUCGCUUCUCUCCUCCCAGCUACUCCAAGCUGACCUCCUAGAGCCACUUAGCCAGCCUGAGGCCUGCAAACACUACACACGACCAUCCUGGACCACCACUCCCCCUAGGCCAGCUUCAGCACCUCCAGGACCCCUACAUCUUUCAUGUCUAACAGAGCUCUAACCCCUUUAAGGCUCCUAAAUGGAUGCUUUUGUGCAUGAAAAGAAAAGUCAGCAGCGUGGCUUUAGGAUCAGUGGUCCUGGUUGUUUGUACCGUGUUGACAUGUGGAUGACUGUUCUUCAUGCGCUCCAUAUAAUAACUUGCAAAAGCAGGGUAGUCUCUUCAUUUCACCACGUGUGGGUGUAGCAUUAAAGACGGGGAGAAUGAAAAGACCGUUCUUUGUGCAUCUAAGUGAUAAUGGAUGAUUUCAUAAAGAAUCUGGUCAUUUGUGCCAUUUGUAGUCACAGUGAAGCUAUGUAGCAGAGCUGGACUCCUAGAGGGCCGUCUCAGCUGAAUCAUGAGAGGGUUGUUUUAAGGCUGAAUUGCUUGAAUGAGUCACUUCUAAUGAGGAGAACUAAACACACUGGUUACUAGGGCUUCACAAAUAUGCCCAUGAGCCACCAGAGAGCAUGGAAGACACUGGAGAAACGUCUCAGAGAAAUGUCCACCCAUAGGUUACAGUUCUUCUGACCUUAUCGGUUCUGAACACAAGUUCAUUGGUCAUUUCAGUUCUGUUUUUUAUUUGAACAGCAAGAUAGGGAAAAGGACAGAAGGGAAACAAGCAGAUAAGUGUCUUUGAUUCAUGCUUUCUGUUCUCAGUACUGAGGAAAAUGGAUGCUUCAGCUUUCUGAACAACUUGAAAAGCUUUGAUUGUUUGAAAGGUAUUUCUGUGGAAAGUAUUGCUUAUAUUGUACCUGAUGUGGUUCAAAAGGACAUACCAGUCGGGUUCUAACCAGAAGGGCGCGUGGGUGUGCGUAUGUACGCGACGCAGGCUUUGAAUGUGCACUCGUCGCUAAACUUCCACAUCUUAGUAUAGUUCAGUUACUUUUAUUAGCAUACUGUGCAGUGUCAGACGGUGUUGUUUUGGUCAGUGCGUAAGGUUACUGAAUAGCAGUGGGUCAUGUCUAAAGAGCAGGGCGAGUUUAGUGCCACAAACAAAAUGCUAUUUUGGCUUACGGCUUGCUUUCUGAGUCCUCUUUCUGUGCCCACUCUUGUGGUGACUUCUGAUGCUGAUUCUCUCUUCAUCUCUCUCUCUCUCUCUCUCUCACACUGCAUGACUGAGCAGGGUUUUGACAUUUGGUCAGAGUUCUGACCACUUUUCUCCCUGGCAAACACCUCCUCCCACUCCCACUUCCAAAGUAAUUAUGCCUUUAAAGAGAACAGAAGACACUACUCACUUUAAUGGAGGGCCAAAUUGCUUUACUUGUCAACUACUUCUCAAAGCUUUCUUAAAAUGAAUUGAUAUUCAGCCUCUUGUGGCUCCAUAGUAUCAGGUUUGUAAAUAAUCCAAGUGAUUUGAUGUGUGCACUUAACAUAUCUUUACUGUGUUUCUGUGUGUGGGUUUAUUCAGAUGUAACAGUAGUGACAGUUUGCCAUGUGUAGUUGAAGGAGUACUUUAACAGGGUGCCAUAUAGACUCCUUCUCUCUCUCUCUCUCUCUCUCUCUCUCUCUCUCUCUCUCUCUCUCUCUCUCUCUCUCUCUCUCUCUCUCUCUCUCUCUGUGUCUGUUUUCUCAUUGUGUUUGACCAGUGGACUUCAUUUAUUAUGAAGUGGAUUUCACUUCAUCUCAUGAGACCUUUUUACAUGUAUUAGGCACAGAGCACCAGAUCCGUCAUAAGUGCAAUAUAGUAUAGUCAAGGAGUAAGAAGAUCAGGAUGGAAAUUUAAACAAAAUUAAUCAGAAUGGUAUCACAAUCACUUUUCCUUGAAAAUUCCCAGUGAAAAAACGAAUAGACUGCAUGAUUAGAACCACAGAGGCUAAUAUGCCUGGGUCUAUUAUAGUUAUUAGUCACCAAAUGAACAGUGACUCAAAACAAACAGUUUUGUAAGUGUAGGGCUUUAGAUAAGGUGCCCACGAAAUCCAUUAUCAGCAAUAUUGCUCAGAAUUUACUUGCACGAACUAGAAUUUGUACUGAUGACUUCUCAGAUGUAGUAAUGUGGACCUAGACUUUGAUGGAAUGCCAUGUAUUUCAUGUGACCUCUUCAGUUGUUGCUGUUAUUGUUGUUUUUAUAAAUGGCAGGACUUUUUAUUUGUCAAGGAGUUGUGACUUGCUAAAGUGUAAAUAACAAAAAAAAUGGCUUUUUAUUUAUUAACUUUUCUUAUUUGUGUUUGAAUUUGCACUCUAAUAAUUGCAGAACAAAAAGGGACAAAAUGUCAGUACAUCUCAGUGGUGUUAUAAAAGAAAUAAAGAAGGUUUUCCUAACAUG